CACUGCGUCUUCAAGCGAUGGCCACAAUCUUUCCUUCGCAGGCAGACCCACUUGCUUGAAACGACAAAAUUCGCCACCAUAAACCCUACUAUAUCUUUUCGCUUCUGCUGCGAAGAGUCACUCUCUUCAAGCUGGGUAGAUUAACUUCGCUUUUAGCCAUGGGGGUUUCUCUUACCUCCCACAAUAACCCUCUUCUUCGCCACUUAUCUCCUCCCUCUUCCUGGGUUUUGCGUUCGUCGCGAUAUUCUUCUUCACUACCUUCCUUCCUCGUGCCUUGCCGUAAUAGAACCCUUCAAAGGAAAGUAGCUUCCACAGAAGGAAAUGUCGGUUAUUCGACAGUUUGUCAUGGAUUCCAGCAUUCGGGUCAUCAACGUUCAUCAUCUGCUGUUUUUGACGGAGAGUGGGUACUUCUGUCGGAACCUAAUAAGGCAAGGAUGGUUCCCAAGAUAUACAAAGUGGGAAAUCAGACGGAAGUUGGUGAAACUGUGAACCAUCUAGUUCCUGGAACUGUAAGUGGUUGGAGGGAGCAAGCUAAUAAGAUUAGAGAAAGGAAUGGCCAAAUUGCUAGAAACCUCGAUGACACUUGUUAUUCCAAUGGCUCUGUUCCAGUUAUACCUAAUGCUCCUUCCUAUGGAACCUCUCAGAAGAUUGAUUAUGGAUUCAAGCCCAGAGUUAACAGUACUGCUACACUCCAUAAAGAAUCGGUUGGCCUUUUGCAAUCUGUACCUGUUAUGACUUUAACCAAGAAUCUGGAGGUUGGGACAAACGUGGAUGUGAAACUUAAAGAAGAUGGAAAACAGAAACCUCUUAUAAACGGAAAGUCUUCUGAUAACGUAAGCAAUGAGAAUCCAGUUCCGAUUUCCAAAGUGGAGGUUGGGACAAACGUGGAUGUGAAACUUAAAGGUGUUAGAAAACAGAAACCUCUUAUAAACGGAAAGCCUUCUGAUAACGUAAGCAAGGAGAAACCAGUUACGGUUUCCAAAGUGGAGAAAAGCACUGAACCUUCGAAAGUCCGUGAGAAACUCAGGAAAAUAUAUGAUAAGGUUGUUGUUGUUGAUAAUGUGCCUGCUGCGAAGGAUGCUGUGUCUAAGCUUCUGAAUGAUUAUAGGAAUCUUGUUCAUGCUUGUGAUACAGAGGUGUCCAAGAUUGAGGUGAAGGAGGAAACACCUGUUGACCAUGGUGAAUUGAUUUGUUUCAGUAUCUAUUGCGGUUCAGAAGCAGAUUUUGGCUAUGGGAAAUCUUGCAUUUGGGUAGAUGUUCUUGGUGAAAAUGGCAGGGAGGUGUUGGCCGAGUUUAAACCCUAUUUUGAAGACUCAUCCAUAAAAAAAGUCUGGCACAACUACAGCUUUGAUAGCCACAUAAUUAGAAACCAUGGGAUUGACAUUUCUGGAUUUCAUGCUGACACAAUGCACAUGGCACGAUUGUGGGAUUCUGCGAGGCGGACAGUGGGUGGAUAUUCACUUGAAGCGCUUACAAGUGACCCAAAAGUUCUUGGGGCAACACAGACAAAGGAGGAAGCAGAGUUCCUAGGUAAAAUUUCAAUGAAGACUAUCUUUGGCAAGAGAAAGCUGAAAAAGGAUGGAUCAGAAGGAAAAAUUGUAGUCAUUCCCCCUGUUGAAGAGCUUCAGCGAGAAGAUCGAGAGGCUUGGAUUUCAUACUCUGCAUUGGAUGCAAUAAGCACGCUAAAGCUUUACGAGAGCAUGUCAAAGAAACUGCAAUUAAAGGAAUGGCGUCUUGAUGGAAAGCUACUCUCAGGAAAGACAAUGUUGGACUUUUACCAUGAGUUCUGGCGACCCUUUGGUGAAGUUCUUGUCAAAAUGGAAGCGGAAGGGAUACUUGUAGAUAGGGAAUAUCUUGCUGAGAUAGAGAAAGUAGCCAAAGCAGAACAGCAAGUUGCUGUUAGUAGGUUUCGAAAUUGGGCCUCUAAGUAUUGCCCCGAUGCAAAGUAUAUGAAUGUUGGCAGUGACACACAAUUGCGUCAGCUCUUUUUUGGUGGCAUUUCUAACAGUGAGAAUCAUGAGGAGCUUCCAGUUGAAAAACUUUUCAAAAUUCCCAAUAUUGACAAGGUUAUUGAAAAAGGCAAAAAAGCACCGACGAAGUUUCGAAACAUCAAACUGCAAAGGAUUAGCGACUCCCCAAUGUUAACUGAAACGUUCACUGCCAGUGGUUGGCCCUCUGUUAGUGGGGAUACUUUGAAAACCUUAGCUGGGAAAGUUUCUGCUGAGUAUGACUUUAUGGAGGAUGUUACAGAUAUUACUGCAGAAGAAAUUGCUGAAGAUGAUGAUGCUGCUGCUACUCAGCUACUAGAUCAAGCUUCAGAAGCGGGGAAGUCCAAGGCAGAUGUUGCAACCGACGUAUCUGCGUAUGGAACAGCAUACGCUGCAUUUGGUGGAGGUGAAAGGGGGAAGGAGGCAUGUCAUGCUAUUGCCUCAUUAUGUGAAGUUUGCUCUAUAGAUUCUUUGAUCUCAAAUUUUAUCCUUCCGUUACAGGGGAGUAAUGUAUCAGGCAAAGAUGGUCGCGUUCAUUGCUCCCUGAAUAUCAAUACUGAAACUGGCCGCUUAUCAGCUAGAAGGCCAAAUUUGCAGAACCAACCUGCUUUGGAGAAGGAUCGGUACAAGAUUCGUAAAGCCUUUGUAGCAUCACCUGGGAACUCACUCAUUGUGGCUGAUUACGGGCAGCUGGAACUUAGAAUUCUGGCACAUCUUGCUGGUUGUAAAAGCAUGAUGGAAGCUUUCAAGGCAGGUGGAGAUUUCCACUCGAGGACAGCCAUGACUAUGUAUCCACAUAUUCGUAAAGCUGUAGAAAAUGGGGAAGUGCUCCUUGAGUGGCAUCCACAACCUGGGCAAGACAAGCCACCAGUGCCUUUAUUAAAGGAUGCCUUUGCUUCUGAGAGAAGAAAGGCUAAGAUGCUCAACUUUUCAAUUGCAUAUGGGAAAACAGCAAUGGGGCUUUCUAGAGAUUGGAAGGUCUCAACGGAAGAAGCUCAGGCUACAGUCAAUCUCUGGUACAAUGACAGACAAGAAGUUAGGAAAUGGCAAGAACUGCGUAAGAAAGAAGCAAUGAAAGAUGGGUAUGUACUCACUCUGUUAGGAAGGGCUCGUAGAUUCCCGGCAUAUCAGUCAAAUGCUCAGAGGAAUCAUAUCAAAAGAGCAGCCAUCAACACUCCAGUGCAGGGAAGUGCAGCAGAUGUUGCAAUGUGUGCAAUGUUGGAAAUAUCGACAAAUCAAAAGUUGAAGGAGCUUGGUUGGAAAUUGCUUCUACAGAUUCACGAUGAAGUAAUCUUGGAAGGACCAAUGGAGUCAGCGGAAGUAGCCAAGGAUAUAGUUGUGAACUGCAUGGCGAAACCCUUUAACGGAAAGAACAUUCUCUCGGUCGAUUUAUCGGUUGAUGCAAAAUGUGCUCAGAACUGGUAUGCUGCUAAAUAAGCUUUAGAGGGUCUUUACAAGAACACUUGGAGGAAGAAAAUAUAUUUUUGGCUAUUUCUGAUGACCAUGAGGCAGUGUUUGGGUAAGUAGAUUUGGCUCCUCGGCUUUUUUGUUUUGUUUUGUAAAUGUUAGGAAAGCCUUUAAACAGUGGGGCAGUGUAAAUCGAUUUCUGUACACUAAUCCUUUAACCUGACGAUGCUUAAUGCAAACUUAAUGAAACCGUUCUAUAAUCUUUAAA